CUCGAUCAUCGCGCACCUUGCGAAAAUCGAAGUAAAAACAUCCUUGUCGAGCAGGACUACCCCCACGACCAUCGUUGCUGGACCGGUACGUAAGACCGUGGCCGACUCGGGCGCCAUCUUGGUCUCGCGGACGCCCGACCAAUGGCGUGCCGCGUUACCUGCGUGUCGCGCACCUGAGGCAGGUACGACAAGCGGCGUAGAUCGACGGCGGCGAUCGGUGGAUCACGGGUCUCGGAUUAGUCGCCGGGGUAUUCGCGGUCGAGCAUGUUCGGCAUGUAAGAGUGGUCGCCGCCGCCCGUCACUCUGUCGCCUCGAGACCGAGCGCCUCUCUCCCGCGCACGCCUUUACCCACGUCUCACGAGUGCGUGCGUGCGUGCAAAACGAGCGCGUCGUGGAAAAGAAAUUUGUAAAUAGACGACUGGGACGUCUUUGACGCGCGUCGCGACGCGCCGUCUCCCGUCUGUCGGGUUUUGCAUCCAGGAUCGUCCUGUCGCUCGACGCCACGCGGGAAAACACGGAAUUUAUACCUUCGUUAACGGAACGUCCAUGUAAGUUAUAAUCAGCUCGGCACAUCAUCCUGGUUACCAUGCCGUACUACAACAGUGGUCACAGUCCGGCUUAUAAUAAAGAUGGCGGUUCCAGCGGACCGUCCAGCACUUCUGGCGGCCGCGCCAGCAGCUCCGAGUCGACGUACAUGAUGGAGCACCUUGCCACGUUCACCGUCACGAAAGAAACCGGUAUUGUUUAUCCAGCGGACGGCAUGCGUCGACUCCUGCAGCUGGAGAAAAGCAAUGGCAUCUGGAGUCAGAAAAUGCAGCUCCGUCUGGAGCGAAACUGGGUCCUUAUCAUGGACAACGAGACGGGGGCUGUUAUGGAGCGAUUCCCGGCUUCGUUAAUACAAGAACCAACGGCGUUCACGUCAAGGGAUCCCAUGGAAAUGUACAACAACAUCCUGGUCUUCACUGUCGCUGACGACAGCGGUUCUGGUCAGCGAGCGGAGAUGCAUAUAUUCCAGUGUCAGAGCAUAUCGGCGCAGGACCUCGUUGAAGACCUGAAAAUGCUGCAAAUGGGGAAACUGGUCACGGGCGGCUCGCCCAGGGGUCCUAGAGGGCACAUUCCACCUCCUCCCGCUCUACCGCCGCCAGAACCACCCCUGAACGGCGUCAAUGUCAGGGAACAAGUGUCCGCGUUCAAUGCAGCAAAUGAUGGUCAGAACGACAUGUCCCGAGAGGAGAACAAUGAUGAGGUGUCGUCGACAUCGUCAGAGAAGUACGAGCGCGACGUGACAAUACUGAAUCACUGCUUCGACGACAUCGAAAAGUUCAUCGCUCGUCUGCAGCACGCGGCCGCCGCGUCCCGGGAGCUCGAGCGCCGGCGACGUAAUCGAAAAUCGAAGAAGAGAAACCUGGGCGACGGUAUGCUAACGAUGAGGGCGAAGCCGCCACCCGAGAUGGAAUUUGUUGACAUUUUCCAGAAGUUCAAGCUAUCGUUCAACUUGCUGGCGAAGCUCAAGGCGCACAUCCACGAUCCGAACGCGCCGGAGCUCGUGCACUUCCUCUUUACGCCGCUGGCCCUCAUCGUGGACGCCUCCCACGACACCAAUUACGACCCGAACUUGCCUAGCAAGGUGGUGUCACCGCUCCUCACGCGGGAAGCGGUAAAUCUGCUGAUAAACUGCGUCACCAGCAAGGAAACCGAGCUCUGGCACUCGCUGGGUGAUACAUGGCUAAUACCGCGCGAUCAGUGGAAGGGUCACGUGCCGCCGUAUCACCCUAUCUUCAUGGACGGCUGGUCGCCGGAUUACCCCAUCCCCGAGGACAGAGACCACGAUCAUCUGGCGUCUCUGUUGAACGCAGACAAGCAGAAGCGUGACGAGCUGCCAGAACAGCAGAAUGAUCCUUACUACAAUCACCGCGACGUCGAUGAGUCUCACUACAGCAGCGAUUACUUGGAGUACGAGAGCCGAGAGGAGCGCGGCGGGAACGAGUACUUCGACAGGAACUACGGACCCAGCUCGGAAUUGUACGGUCGGGAGGAGCGAGCGGACCAGACUAGGGCGCACAGCGACAUUUCCGUGGACUCGAUUGAGAGAGCACCCAGGGUCGCGGCCGGUAUGGAGAGAGCGCAGGAAGCGUGGCUGGACGACCUGGUGUCGCGCCACGCCAAGAUCGUACAAGUCACCUAUCCGCGCACGGCGAACAACGACAAGGAGCUGACCGUGGUCAGGGGCGAGUACCUGGAGAUCUUGGACGACAGCAGGAAGUGGUGGAAGGCGAGGAACUCGCGAGGACAGGUCGCUCACGUGCCGCACACCAUCGUCGCGCAGCACAAUCCCGCCGCUCACUCCGCCGACAAUGAUGUCUUCAAUAAUCCUCUGUACACCAGCAGAUACCCGAGGCAGGGGCACGGCUAUAAUUACGAGGAUUCGGAGAUCGAGCGAACCAGCACUAGUCCAGGCCCGGAAGCUACUCAUCGGACGCACGCGAUUCCGCCACCAGCGCCUGCAGAUUGGGUGAGAAAGGAAAGACUCGGGAAAAAAGAUGACAUCGGCACGCACAACGGAGUCGCAAAUAACGGUAACGGGUCUAGUGAUUCUUCCGUCGAGAGCAGUCCGUCCUCGCAGCCAAGCAAGAAGAUCAACAUGCAGCAAAGCAUCGUGGAGGUACACUCGCCACCUCGGAAUAUAACAGCGGACGAAAUAGAAAAGCCGGUUCCGCCGCCGUCACCUCCGUCAGCACUACCCGCACCCAUAUUACCGCCAGCAUCACCCGCACCGGCAUUACCACCAGCGUUACCUGCCUCGAAGCCAAUACCAGCAGCACUUUCAUCGAAAUCGACACCAGCGUUGUCUACGCAGAAAUCGGUACCACCACCAUCCGUGCUGAAAUCAUCAGUAUCGUCUGUACCGAAAUCAGCACCGACAACGCCCGCACCAAUGUCAGUACCAAUACCACCACCUUUGCCAGCUUCCUUUACAAUUCCGCCACCGCCACUGCCUUCAUCGACACCCUCAACACCUGCACCGCCGCUUCAAACGCAAAAACCUCCACCGCUGACGACUUUCACGCCCAAUAAAGUGGAAACUAGCAAAAAUAGUAAAUUCUCGAACGAUGCCGGCACGCUGGAGGAGAUUCACAAGGAGCUCAAGUUCGUCCUGACAAUGUUUCGAGAGAAGAAAACGCAUGCUCCACCUCUCAGCAAUAAUGCAGACGAGAUUUGGUUGAACGCACGCUCGACGCCUCGCGAAGUCCAGACCUGGUUGGCGGCCAAAGGUUUUUCAGAAAAAAUUUGCAAGCAACUGGAAGGCAUGACUGGCACGGAAGUAUUCAACUUGUCGCGCCGACGAUUGGAGCAACUGUGCGGACUGUCCGAAGGUAGCAGACUAAACGGCCAAUUGACCUUAGCGAGAAACGAUUGCGAGGUAAAUGAGACGAGAUAUUUUACGAGAGAGAAAACUGCAACUUCUUGUACCUGGAUUUUAUUUUCAGUACAAAACGGCUCGAUCGUCGGAGCUGAAGCAGAUUUUAGAGAAAGCGCGUAGAAGAACGGAGUUAAACGACAACAAGGAUGAAGCCAAACAAUGAAUUGUUCCUUCACAUUCGGAAUGGCAAUGUAUCGCAUGUAUGAUAAAGAUAUCGAACAAUAUGUGCAAGCGUUUUGUGUCACUGUGAAUUUAGUAAAGCGAAAGGUAAAAUAAAAUAAUAUGCUUCAUCAUGUAAUUUUGUAUAAAAGGAUGCCAGGCGAGAAAUACCAUCGGAAGAAAAAAACAUCGAAUCAUUUUAUUUUACCUUAAAUAUUGUUAUAAUUCUCUAUUACAAGUCGAAGCAAUAUUGCAUGCCAAAGAGUUUUAGUGAGCCAGUACGAGCAUGCACUGUAUAAAAAGUUACCUGUGAUGUUUUUCUUUGUUUUUUGGAAAAUGUGCUAGCUAAUAUUAUUCAUCUAUUGUAUUUUAACGAACUUACUCAUAGAGAUAAGUUUCCCAGUGCGUUGUUUAGAACUCGAUUAAAGCACUUAAUUUGAUACGAAUUUAUUGUACAUAUAUAAAAAUGGGAUCACUUUAGUAGACGACAGCAACAUGAAAUACAAAGGAAGGACUCUAAGUACGCGUACUUCGAGCUAAAUUCCAAUGAUGUGAAGAGAGUAUGCUACAAGAAACUGAUAUUAGAAGGCAGUAAUUAGAAAAAUGUAUAAUCUACGUGUGUAUAACAUAUAGCAUCCUCGAUUUCCUCGUAAGAUAAAUUGUUAAUUAAAUUGUUAAUUAUAAUUAAAAGGAUUGAAACGA